CUGGUCCUGCCCGCCGGGCUCCGCGCCCUGCGCUCUGCCUCCUGCAAUCGCGUGGCGCAACGGCGGUACUUUCCUCCGGUCCUGGGACUGCAGCGGGACAACUUGGAAAACUUCUCUGGGGCGACAUCAGGGUCGCCCAGCACCAGUGGAAGAGGAUGCAGGAGAGAGUUCACUAGUCCCGGGUAUCCCCAGGUUGCCUAGGCCAGACCAUGGGGCUCUAGAGCCAUCAGCACCGCCAGGGGGUCGACCCCCUCCAGUAGCGAAGCCGGGCUGGCGCUGUCUCCCGCAGAGCGCGUGUUUGGUGAGCUGAGCUCCCUAUGGAUUUGUCCCGCCUCGCCAUGGACCACCAGGGGCCCUACUCCGUGCAGGCCACCGCGGCCAUCGCAGCGGCCAUCACCUUCCUCAUCCUCUUCACCAUUUUCGGCAACGUGUUGGUCAUUCUGGCUGUGCUGACCAGCCGCUCUCUGCGAGCACCACAAAACCUGUUCCUGGUGUCACUGGCUGCCGCGGACAUUCUAGUGGCCACGCUCAUCAUUCCGUUCUCUCUGGCCAACGAGCUGCUGGGUUAUUGGUACUUCUGGCACACAUGGUGCGAGGUCUACCUGGCGCUGGACGUGCUCUUCUGCACCUCGUCUAUCGUGCACCUGUGCGCCAUCAGUCUGGACCGAUACUGGGCAGUGAGCCGAGCACUGGAGUACAACUCUAAGCGCACCCCACGCCGUAUCAAAUGUAUUAUCCUUACUGUGUGGCUCAUCGCAGCCGUCAUCUCUCUGCCGCCUCUUAUCUAUAAGGGCGACCAGCACCCCCAGACCCACGGGCUCCCCCAGUGCGAGCUCAACCAAGAGGCCUGGUACAUCUUGGCUUCCAGCAUCGGAUCUUUCUUUGCUCCCUGCCUCAUCAUGAUACUGGUCUACCUGCGCAUCUACAUGAUUGCCAAACGCAGUCACCGCAGAGGUCCUAGAGGCAAGCAGCACUCUGGGGAGGGUGAGUCCAAGCAGUCCCAACCUGUCCCUGGAGGGGCUCUAGCCUCAGCUAAGGUGCCAACCCUGGCCUCGCCUCUGUCUUCUGUGGGAGAGGCCAAUGGACACUCUAAGCCUUCUAGGGAGAAGGAGGAGGGGGAGACCCCCGAAGAUCUUGAAUCCAGGGCUUUGCCACCUAGUUGGUCUGCCCUUCCCAGCUCAGGCCAGGGCCAGAAGAAGGAUGUUGGGGGGGCAACUGAGGAGGAGGAAGCUGAAGAGGAAGAUGAAGAGGAGGAGGAAGAGUGUGAACCCCAGGCACUGCCAGUGUCUCCUGCCUCAGUAUGCAGCCCAGGCUUGCAGCAGCGCCAGGGUUCCCGGGUGCUGGCCACCCUCCGUGGCCAGGUACUCCUGGGCAGGACUGUGGGUGUUGUGAGUGGGCAGUGGUGGCGACGUCGGGCACAGCUGAGCAGAGAGAAGAGGUUCACCUUUGUGUUGGCUGUGGUGAUCGGUGUUUUUGUACUCUGCUGGUUUCCCUUCUUCUUCAGCUACAGCCUGGGGGCCAUCUGCCCACAGCACUGCAAGGUACCACAUGGCCUCUUCCAGUUCUUCUUCUGGAUUGGCUACUGUAACAGCUCUCUGAACCCGGUUAUCUAUACCAUUUUCAACCAGGACUUUCGCCGUGCCUUCCGAAGGAUCCUUUGCCGCCAGUGGACACAAACAGCCUGGUGAGCCUGCCUGCUCACUGCCUGUGAAGGGUUGGUACUAGGGCCACCCUGUGAUUUGAUCCCCACCCCCACCCCUUUAUGAGUCCAUCUCCCUGGGUCUGUCUGGUCACUGCAGACCCCAUCCUAGGAACCCCCUGAAAGGGUCAUGACAGAAGUGCUGUUCCCAAAGGGCCCACUUGAAACAUCUUCUUGCUGACUCUUCUGUGGGAAGCUCUUCCCCACUCUCUCCUGAGCAAAGGCAGCUUGUACCUUCCUGGAUAUAGCCAAGGCCAGGCUGGAUUAAAGUACCUCCCUCCUAGCCACCUGCAAGCUAAUGGGUGGGCUUCCCUUUCCUGAAGACCACCUGUGCCUUGGCAGACCACUUGCAUGUGGUUUCUUUUCUUUUUGUUUUUUUGAGACAGGGACUCAUGUAGCCCAGGCCAGCCU